CUCUGAGACACAGACAGGACUUUGAAGCCUGUCUAGAUGAGGCAGUUGGACUCUCCCCAGCUUGUGGGGGUACAGAGGGCCCCUUGUGUGGCUCUAGGGAUGUGCCGCCCUUAGAGAGUUGGGGCUUGGCAGGCAGGAUGGGAAGCAGCCAUGUAACAGCCUGUUGGAGAAACUCUGAGCAGGAGUUGACUGAGCCAUUCCUAGGAUACUAGUGGGAACCGUGGGGGGCCAUCCUGCACACAAUCGGCCCCUGUCCAUCCCUCCAUCACGGAGGCAGAGCAACCUUCCGUUUCUUCCAAGCAGGGCAGUUUCUCUUGUUCCAAGACAAGAGCUCAAGGAGCCAUUCUCUGUUGUCUUGGGUCCGUUAUUCUGUCUCUGACCUCCAGUAAGCAGAUCAAAUGCCCUGGGUUACCUUAUUUAAUCUUCUCAACCUUAUGUUAAAGAAAUUUCUUAAUGAUGCUUAUUAAAAGCACAUUAAUUAUUCAAGACCAUUGCAAUGGGUAUAGGGACCACAGCAAUGGGAUUUUGUAGUAAAGGAGAGAGAUUGGGCUCAACUGUGAUUAUAGCAGGGGCAAGUGGGAAGCCAGGAAGCAGGGUGGGGAUCAGUGGAGGGAAAAUGAGUGAGGAAAGAUCAGGGUGCUAAGGUGGAUUCUGGGUAAGCUGACCUAGCAGAUUCUUACUGAAGGCAGGCCAGGGUGAUCAGACAUCACCUAGGGCAAGUUUGUCCAACCCGUGGGCCAUAUGUGGCCCAAGAUGUCUUUGAAUGACAUCCAACACAAAUUGAUAAGCUUUCUUAAAACAUGAGAUUUUUUUCUGCCAUAUAUGUAGAUAUAUGCGCUUAUCAGUUAUUGUUAGUGGGUUGUGAGUGUGGCCCAGGGAAGCCAAAAGAUUGGAUAUCCUUAACCUAAGCGUUAAACCUGGUUAGACAGCCAGUAAACAGAUAAUGGUGAUCAAAUAGCAAGGAUGGGUGGUUUGGUGGUUUUUGUUUUGUUCUGUUUUUGCUAAAACCAGAUUUUACAAAGAAGUACACAGAUGGGCCCAGGAGCCUGACUAAAGUCUGGUCAAACAAAAAAUCUUGGUCACUUAUUAUGGGCUGCUGGGACUUUUGUUUUUGUUUUUAUGAGACAGGGUCUUGCUCUGUUACCCAGGCUGGAGUGCAGUGUUGUGAUCUUGGCUCAUUGCGACCUCUGCCUCCGGGUUCAAGCCAUCUUUCCACCUCAGGGUCCUGAAUAGCUGGGACUGUAGACACACGCCACCACACGCGGCUAAGAGAAUUCUGCCAGAUAUCAGGACAAAUGGGGAACAGCAGAAGCCGUGUGGGGCAGAGCUUUUGUUCACAGUUUCUUCCUGAGGAACAGGCAGAGAUUGAUCGAUUGUUUGAUGCUCUGUCAUCGGAUAAAAACAGCCCGAAUGUCUCAUCCAAAUCCUUCUCUUUGAAGGCACUGCAGAACCACGUCGGGGAAGCUCUUCCCCCAGAGAUGGUCACCAGGCUGUACAGUGGCAUGCGGAGGGUCGACCUGACAGGGAAGGCGAAGGGACCCAGUGAGAACGUGUCCCAGGAGCAGUUCACAGCAUCCAUGUCCCACCUGUUGAAAGGAAACUCCGAGGAGAAGAGUGUCAUGAUUAUGAAAAUGAUUUCUGCCACAGAAGGUCCCGUGAAGGCCAGAGAAGUCCAAAAGUUUACAGAGGAUCUGGUUGGCUCUGUGGUGCACGUGCUAAGCCACAGACAGGAGCUGAGAGGCUGGACUGGGAAGGAAGCCCCAGGGCCCGCCCCCCGGGUGCAGGUGCUGGCUGCUCAGCUGCUCUCUGAGAUGAAGCUGCAAGAUGGCAAGAGGCUUCUGGGGCCCCAGUGGCUGGACUGUGACUGCGACCGAGCCGCGAUCGAGGACUGGGUGUUCAGGGUCCCCCAUGUGGCCGUAUUCCUGAGUGUGGUCAUUUGCAAGGGCUUUCUCGUCCUGUGCUCGUCUCUUGAUCUGACUAUCCUGGUCCCCGAGCGUCAAGUGGACCAGGGCAGGGGUUUUGAGAGCAUCCUGGACGUCCUCUCUGUCAUGUACAUCAACGCCCAGCUGCCUCGGGAGCAGCGGCACCGCUGGCGCCUGCUCUUUUCAUGUGAGCUCCACGGACACAGCUUCUCCCAGCUCUGCGGCCACAUCACUCACCAGGGGCCCUGUGUGGCUGUCCUCGAGGACCAUGACAAGCAUGUGUUCGGUGGGUUUGCCUCCUGCUCCUGGGAGGUGAAGCCUCAGUUUCAAGGGGACAACAGAUGCUUCCUGUUCUCCAUCUGCCCCAGCAUGGCCGUGUACACACACACGGGCUACAACGACCACUACAUGUACUUGAACCAUGGACAACAGACGAUCCCGAACGGACUGGGUAUGGGGGGGCAGCACAAUUACUUUGGGCUUUGGGUGGAUGUUGAUUUCGGGAAAGGACACAGCAGAGCCAAGCCCACGUGCACCACGUACAACAGCCCGCAGCUGUCGGCUCAGGAGAACUUCCAGUUUGAUAAGAUGGAGGUGUGGGCGGUUGGAGACCCCUCAGAGGAGCAGUUGGCCAAGGGCAACAAGAGCAUCCUGGAUGCGGACCCUGAGACCCAGGCCCUGCUGGAGAUCAGUGGGCGGUCGCGCCACAGUGAAGGGCUCCGGGAAGUCCCGGACGAUGAAUGAGGAGCCACCUGAGCCUUCCUGGAGCUGGGACCUGGAUUCCUUUGGGUAGAGGGCACCGCCUGCAGCCCCUCUUCCCUCCCCCAUGGUUUAACUGUAAUAGAGUGCCACACGGGUCACAGCCAGGUAGACCCAGAUGUGCCAAGAAGACGCCCUCUGAAGCCAUGUCCUGACUGAUGCGUGGAUCUCCCAGAAAUAGAUGUUUUUAAAAUUUUCUUUUUUGCCCUGCAGGGUCACUCUCAGGAUCUGUCCGAGAAAUCUUAAGUGUCAAAUUAGUAACUCAAUCUUAUACUUUGUUCUUUUUUACCAAUGAAAUCCUAAGCGGCUGAGACCUUUCAGACCCCCGCUGGCCUCAGGGAAUUCUGCUGGCCUCAGGGAAUUCCACCAGCAUUAGCGUUGCUGGGAGCUCAACUUCUCUAUUGAGGAGGGGGUUCCUCCCAUUGGGGUUCACAUGGCCUCACUCAGGCCAUCCCUAUUAAAGAUGGUACCUGAUGGUCUCUUCUGACGGGUGAGAGACAGAGGCAUCUGGAUGAAAACUCGACCCUUUCUGGGAACAGCUUCCAAUGCCAUGGGAGUUCUGUAUUUAAAAGCAUGAACUGUGUAUAAAAUGGGGAAAUGGAGGCAGGAGACUUUGAGGUAACAUGGUCUCGUGGUGUCGUGAGUCCUCAGAAGGUGUUUGUAAUUAAGGUUCCACACUGAGCUGUUUUUAAAUGAAUGUGUGAUGAACAGAUGGGGAAGUUGGGAGAUCUGUCUACAGAGAAGCAAAGUUGUGGUUCUCUUGCUAACUUUAAAGUGAGGGACACUGGGCACCCUAAGUUUGGGAACUUGGUUGAUAAAUACGUAUAUAGUCCAUUCCAUAAAUCAGUGGUGAGUGACUGGCCUGGGUUCUAGACCUCUGGGAACCAGCACCUGAGUCACAGCUGUCUAGCCCUCGGUGCGGGCCUUGUUCUGGAUCUCCGGGAACCAGUACCUGAGUCACAGCUGAGUCAUUUGCACAGGGCUGCUCCCGAGGGGGAUGAUGGGAAAUUCAGCAGUGUAGGCUCACUUUAAACAAGCUCCAAUGAUCCUGAAAUGCUGAAGAUCAUGUAGGUGGGUUGUGGGGUCAGCAGACCUGCCGCCUGCCCACCUCUGGAAAACAACACACGGUGAGUCACCAGUUGGCCACGAGAACUCCCCACUUAAAGGUGCUGUGAGCUUGUGUCUAAGACAUAUACCUCUUCCUUUUGUUUUUUGCCGUAAGCUUUGACCUUUUGCAGAUCGAUGAAAAUAUAAUCUCUUAUUGUAUAGUUUGCCUUGAUUGUAAGCCAUAGUAAAUCGAGCUGUUCACAUUUUUGCAGGCCCUGCAUUUUCUCCUGGGAGGUUCAUCAAACCUUCCACUUAGCAAUAGCCCUGACUCAGGCAGAAUGCCUCGUAAAUUAGCCUUCAAAAGAAAAGUGCACGCUCAGACAGUGUGUGCAGGGGCAGGAGUGUGAUGCAGACAAGGACUUAGUCAUGACUGCUUUUCCUUAGCCAGUUUUGAAUGGCUUAUGGGGAACACUGUGAACUUCCUACCUGACAUGUUAGCAGGUGUAGAAUAUUAGGAUCCUCAAGCAUCUCUACCGUAAGUCCAAAGAAUUUAGGUCCCUAUUGUCACUUUGUUUUGGAAUGUUUUUUAUAAAAAUGCAAUUAAAUACCUCACUAUUAAACUGCCAUGAUGCCUCAGUUAAAAAAAAA